AUGCCCGAGGAGAAAACAGACUCGAAACCCUUGGACUGGGGCAAAAUCCACGACUUUGUUGUCGAAAAGGGCAAUGCCUUUUUGGAAACCUUCGACAAGGCCGAUGUCGACUGGUUCCUCAGAGACUCCAACGUGGCUGGCCCGGGCCUGACGUCCAUGAAGGAGUCGGAGCUGGUGUCUUCUGCCGUGUCGGCCAAAGACCCGUCCACCAAACCCAUCACCACCCCGUCUCCGGCCCUUUUGCCUGUGUCCAACACCAACGAAAACUCGGCGGCAAAGACAAAACCAACCGUUCUGGAGGUGCUGGACGAGCAGAUCCACUCGGAAAAAUACCAUGACUUUGCCCGCCGCUCGCUGACCAGACGCCGCAGUAGUGUGUCUAGCAUGGUCAGUGUCAACAGUGCUUCCAGCAACGGCAGCGGCGGCGGUUUUUUCUCCAAGUUGAAGAACAAAUUGCACCGCUCAGACUCGGUCAGCCAAAGCAGCGCGCCCAAGUUGGGCUCGCCUGUUGCAGAAUCUCCUCUGCUCUUCAAGGACGACUACAAAAUGGGCCCGGCUCAUAAAGACCAUGUGACGGAACCGGGUCCCAAGUCAGGCCCCGCUCCAAAAGCGUCUCAGGUUGAGCCGGAAAGGAAACAAUACCUGUCGGAGCUGCAGUAUCUGGAUCCGAGGUUGGAAGACUAUAUUCGCUUCUACCGGCGCCAAAGCUUGGGCCUGCGGCGGCCAAGCCUCAAAUCGGAGAACAGCACGAUGUUUCCGAAUGGGUGCUUGGUCAACCACGAGCAGCUGUCGUCUGGAACGCAGCCCCAGGGCAAGAUCUCGUCGUUGUUCCGCCAUAUGAGCAUUGGCUCGGGACCAAUGGAGUCCCUGGGCCACAAGAAUUCCUUGGAUUCGAGAUCCACCUUGCUGCUGGAAGGUUCGGGUGAAAUCAAACAGCCCAAGCCUCUCAAGCGUGUUUGUUUCCAUUCGCUGACGUUUCUCAUGGAUCCUCCGCAGCAGAUCCCCUCGCGUAAUCCUCGAAAGGGAAACGUGGAGGUUCUUCCUUCGGGUGCUGUGCGGAUCCGGCCUUUGACGGAAGCAGAAAAGCUCGCCAUUGAGAAAUCACAACGUGGUUUGGGCGGCGGGUUGGUUGUUGGAGGCACAGGCGCGUUAGGACUAGUGAAGAAGGAUGAACUCGAGGAAAUCCACGAGAAACUGCCAGAAGAUGAGAAACCGGACUCUGAGCAGAAGCUGCCUGACGACGAAGAAGAUACUGCUAUCGACAAACACGCCGAGUCACUUGGUAUCGAAAAACCAAUGUAUCACCAUGUGGCCAAACCGGGAUAUACUGUUCCUGUGAAGAAAAUGGCGCUCGACCUCAUGUACACCCGCUGCUGCCACUUGCGGGAAAUUCUUCCCAUCCCAGCGAUCGCCAAGCAGAUUCCCAAAGGGUCAAUGGCUCCUUUACCUAUAUUGCAGCUCCGCAACCCGAACCCGACCAUGAUUGAAAUCCAGACGUUUGCCGACUUUAUUCGGAUUGCACCUAUUAUCUGCAUUUCGUUGGAUGGUGUCAACUUGUCGUAUGAGCAGUUCAAAGAGCUUUUGAGCGCAAUGAGUGCAAAGAAGCAAUUGGAAAAGUUGAGUUUGCGUAAUACGCCCAUCAGUUGCGAGGGCUGGUCUUUGCUCUGUUUGUUCCUCUCGCGCAAUACGGUGCUCAACAGGUUGGACAUCACCCAGUGCCCACCGUUAUCUGUUAAUGUGUUGAAGAGAAAGAAGAAAAAGCAGGAGGAACAGGCGAUCGAGAGAAUGACUUGCAACAAAGAAAACCGCUCGGACAUGGAUUGGGCACAGUUUACGGCUACCCUUAUUGCCAGGGGCGGGAUUGAAGAGUUAAUAUUGACCGGUUGCUGUAUCACAGACUUUGUGACUUUCGAGAAUCUCAUCAGCAAAGCAGUGUGUCUCAAAACUUACAAAUUGGGCUUGGCUUAUAAUCAGCUUACACCUCAGCAGCUCAAAGUUGUGCUAGACCAUUGGGCGCUCACAGACUUUAGCAGAGGCCUUGACUUGGGCUAUAAUGAUUUCCUGUCUCUGGCUCAUAUGAACGUUUUCUUGGAGGUUUCGAAAUCACCAAAGUUUUUGCUGAUACUCCCUCAUAUGAAGUUGGCAUUUUUAAGUUUGAAUGCCACGAACAUUCGCUUCAGUCAAAUUUUCAGGGACACUUUCGAAAACCUUUGCAUGAAAUUGACCAAUUUGAAGUACUUGGAUCUUUCUAAUAAUCCAAAGUUAUUUGGCCGAAGCCAUAAUAAAACGCCAUCCUCCAGCGGUUCGGUCAACUCUUCAUUAGCUUCGCCCAAUUCGAAACAGUCAGGCUCUACUGGCUCUACCUCCGACGAUAGCCUCACGAAAAUCAGCCAAGAACAGGUAGUGAGCUACUUUUGCUCGAAAUUACCUUUAAUCCCCAAGUUAAUGCGACUUCACCUUGAGAACAACCACCUUUCAUCAUCUUCUCUUACCGUGCUUUUUGAGACUUUACCUUUCUGCACAAGUUUGGCGUACAUAUCCGUUCUUGGAAACACCUUAGAUAUAGCUUCCGCUACAGCAUUAAUCCAAGGACUCAAAAACUCGAGAACGUUGAUUACUGUUGAUGGAGACUUUAGCCAGUUGCCAGAAGUUCUCAAGGAGAAAAUCGGAUUGUACACCAUGCGUAACAUGGAGAAUUUCUUCCAACUGUCAGUGCAAAAUAAUGGCCUGGAUGAUUCUUGUCUGGAACACAAGCCACAUGAGCUUACCCUUACAGAAGAGCUAAACAACAUUUUGCUGCGCAAGGCAGAAGAAAAACUUAGUAUCAAAUCUCCUGAAGUUGUGCACUUUAUUGAGAGGGCACAGAGAGACAGGAAGAAGUUGAAAUCCACCAUCAACGAUUUAUUCCAUUUGCAAUGGAAAAACGAGCUUGGAAUUGAAGGGAAAGAGGCUUUGAUCAGACUUCUUUUCAUCGACUCAAGUCUUGAGCGUGGAUUGAAAUUAAUUGAUCCCGAUCUAGUGGCCAAGGAAGAAAGUUUCACGUCGAGUGACAUCUUGAACAUUAAUCUUGCGGAGGACGAAAGAAACGAAUUGAAGCUGUCGGCUCUUUCAAAAGUGCAAGACGCCAGUGCUGUACACGAAAACUCUUUCAAGCCAGUAGAAAGUGGGUCUUUGCCUGUUUCCAGAACGCAGUCGCUUACCAACUUGAACAAUUUGAAUCGUGAAGAAGGGUCGGUGUUGAAACUACUGCAGAUGGACGACAAGGAUGAAUCGGUAUUCAAUAAUCUUUCCGUGUAUUCGGGAGAAGAGAUCCGCAAGAAACUCAAUGACAUCAACUUGUCUGAGCUCGACAACAUUGUCGACUAUCUCUCCAAAGCACGGAAGAAGGGCAUCUCGUUCAAAGACUUGUUCAGUUCUACCGAUGAAAGUGGAGAAACGCACAAGGAUAUGCUUGACGAAAUCCGGCAGAAAAUCCACAUUUUGCGUGAGCUUCACCUCGGUAAAAAGGAUGAUGUUGCAGAUGCAGCUGUGGACUCGGACUUAGAAAAGGACUCGGACGAUCCCGAGGCUGGCGGCGAGCAAACUGCAAUCGAAGAGGCAUACGACAAGAUGUUGAGCCGGUUCACGUCGAAUCUGGAACCAUAG